AUGCCUUCCAAGACAGAUUUCAUGAGUGACAUCUGGAAAGAUGGCCUCUUUGACAACAAAGUGGUCUUCUGUACCGGUGGCGCAGGCACUAUUUGCAGUGCCCAGGUCCGCGCCCUUGUGUACCUCGGUGCCGAUGCGUGUAUCGUUGGUCGUAAUGUAGAGAAGACCGAGCGUGUCGCUAAGGAUAUCGCAACUGUUCGCCCAGGUGCCAAGGUCAUUGGUAUCGGCGCUGUGGAUGUCCGUAAAUACGAUAACCUGGAGGCUGCUGCGCAGCGAUGUGCCAAAGAAUUUGGCGGUAUUGACUAUGUGAUCGCCGGUGCUGCGGGCAACUUCUUAGCUUCCAUUGAGCAAAUUUCUGUCAAUGCCUUCAAGUCUGUCAUCGAUAUCGAUGUUCUGGGCUCAUACCACACUCUCAAGGCUACAUUGCCAUUCCUGCUUCAGUCAGCUGAAAAGCACCGAUAUGAUGCCAAGACCCACACCCCAUCUCCCCUCGGUACCGGUGGUAGAAUCAUCUUCGUUAGCGCUACUCUCCACUACCGUGCCAUGCCUUUCCAGGCUCAUGUCUCUGUCGCCAAGGCGGGUAUCGAUGCUCUAUCGGACUCGGUCGCCAUUGAGUAUGGUCCUCGUGGUAUAACUUCUAACAUCAUUACUCCGGGCCCGAUCGAGUCUACUGAGGGUGUGGAUCGUCUCAUUCCAUCGCACCUCAAGGAGGCGAAUAUCCAGGCUCAGCCCCUCGGCCGCCUUGGACAUGUACGAGACAUCGGAGACGCUACUGUGUAUGUCUUCUCUGAUGCUGGAAAUUAUGUCACCGGUCAAACACUAGUUGUGGACGGCGCACACUGGCGUAUGUCAGGUGCCGGUGGUACCUUGGACUACCCCGGUGCUCUCUUGUCUGGUAAACCUGUUGCCAAUGUUGCGGGAUCGAAGAAGGCGAAGCUUUGA